UCUUAUAAACUAUCGGUGGUGAUAUUUUGGUACAUUUUCCCAUCGCUAAGCUAAAAACACGAAUAAAAAUGAUGGACGAACAACUAAUUGACGAGGUAGCACAACAUGGAGUGAUCUACAACCGGCAGAAGUACUACCUGAACGGCAGCACCAAUGGCGGCAAGUACGAGACGAAGGACGAGGCCUGGCAGCUGAUUGCGAUGAAGCUGCGCACGGAUGUGGACACGUGUAAGAAGCGGUGGAAGUAUCUGCGCGAACGCUACGUAUCGCAGCGGAAGCAGGGCGAUCCGCCCGUCUACGAACACCUGUCGCGCCCAUACCUAGAGAAGAUGAAGUUCCUGGACCAGCACAUCCAGCCCCGCAAGUCCUACCGUCAUGUUCCCAACUUCCUCACUUCUCCACAGUCGGCCAACAGCUCCAGCUACAACGACUACCAGGCGCUCGACAAGUCGAACAGUUCCAAUGGCAUGAAGAACGUGUCGCAGUUCGUCGGGGGCUCGGGUCAAGGCCAUCACUACCACCAGCCAGAUCAGCACCAGCAUUCCAUGAGUGCCUUGAGUACGGCGGCGGCCUCGGCGCUGGAGACCGUCAACGGGCAGGUCAAGAUAGAGGCGGAUCAGGUCUUCAGGGACUUUGCGGCGGCCGUGGCCUCGCAACAACUCCAGCAAAUCUCACAAUCACAAAUGCAACAACAGGCGGCUGCGGUGGCCGCGGUUAUGGCGGACUCCUCGCAGGGCUAUCAGGAGUACAAAGACAGUUCCGUAGGUGUCUCAGGUGUACAGAACAGUGGAGGCAGCCUCACCUCUACUUCUUCCUCGAUGAAGUCGCCGCUUUCUUCGCCACUGCAGGUGAUCGGCGCUGGCAGCCUUCACUCUCAGCAGCAGCAGCAGCAGCAGCAGCACCAGCAGCAAUCGCAGCAGCCACAGCAAUCACCGGCAUCGGGGGGCCAACAGCUUCCGGUGGUACAUUCCUCUUCCAGUGCCGCAGGCAGUUCCAUCAGCACCAGUUCCAAUAUGCAACAAAUGCAGCAGCAGCAACAACAGCAGCCGCACGUCUACAACUCCAAGGCCAGCAGUGAUCUAGACUCGUCCUCGACGUCCGGUAAUUUUCAUAUGAAGAAGCCCCGGGUGCAGAUCAAUGGCCACAAUCAGAUGGCCAGCAAUGGCGGAGGAAGUGCCGGCCACUUUGGCAACGACUCCGAUGACGAUUCCGACGACAAUAGUCAUGAUCUGAUGGAGCCGCAGGUGAUGAUGCAUGAAAGCCACUACAGCAAUUCCAUGGGUAUGCAGCGCGGGAAUAACAAUGCCAACAAUAACAGUGGAGGCAACAAUCAGCAGCAGCAGGCACAACAUCAGCAGCAGCAGCACCAGAACAUGUUUCCUUCGAACACGGACUUCCUCUUCCAGCUGUACCAGCAGUUUCCGCACCAGGCCAGCGGGUCGCAUCCCUCCAACUUCGGGAAAUUCCAAACGCCGCCCAGUCAGCAGGGCAUGCAGCGUUUGUCGGAGCACUUGCUGGGCGAACUGGUCACCAGCGAGCUGCUCAAGAUGAACAAGGAGCGCAAGAAGAGUGCCCAGAAGCGGAUCCUAGAAAUACUCUUCUUUGACGAUUAAUAAGCUAGCUCGCAAUAGGUUUGUAUCUGUAAAUAGUGUAAUUUAGCAAACUAGAGUUUGUGUAAGCUGUUCCCCUGCCCUGUCCGGAUCCCACCAAGAAGGCAUAUGGAACACUUUCCAUUUGUGCUAGUCAACUACAAGCUGCCAGGCGCUGGCCUGGAUUCCGUAUCUGCAAUAGUUUAUACACGUAUUUAUAGGUUUUAAGAUGAAAAGUGUUAAUUUAUUCGAAACAAAAUGGUUAUUAAAC